AUGCAAGCUUUUGCAAAAAAGAUCAUGAAUGGUGAAAGGAAGCUACGGGGUAUGGUGUUUUCCAUGAUUAUCUGCCAAGAUUCUUUUUACUGUGUUUGUGUAUGGCAUAAGUUUCGUACGCUUUGUUUAGUCCUUCUCGACGUUUGGCAUCAGUUCCCCAUAUCUUGUGAAUCGGAAAAAGGUCGCCGUCCUAAACAAGAAGAUCGUAUGCUAGCUAUGCCUACGCUGGCCCUCGUUUUCCCUGAUUCAGAUGUUGCUCUGAUGGCUGUAUUUGAUGGACAUGGUGGUGCUGAAUGCGCUGCUUACUGUUGUGCACAUCUCCCAGCAGAAUUUGUGCGUGCGUUGAAUGCCAAUCCGACUUCACUUGAGGCUUCGAUGAAGCAAGCGUUCGAACGACUCGACACUCGUUUGUCUGCUCGAUGUGAGCACGAACGAUGGCGAAGUGGCACAACUGCGGUAGCGGCUGCAAUAGAUGCCAAGAGUAUGGUCAUUGCAUGGGUAGGGGAUUCAGCGGCAUACGUACUUUCAUCAGACAACGAUCUUCGAAAAAUCACUAAUGCACAUGUGCCUACAAAUGAGGAGGAAGCUCGACGGGUUGAACAAGACGGGGGACAACUGCUCUAUAUUCAAGGAGAACUCCGGGUCAAUGGUGUUUUAAAUUUGACAAGAGCUUUAGGAGAUAUCGGUGGACGACCAAUGAUUAGUCCGAAAGCUGAUAUUACGGUUAUGGAAAGGGAUUCUUCGCAGUAUCUGCUAUUACUCACUUGCGACGGGAUUUCAGAGUUGUUUAAUAACUCUGAAGUGCUAGAUAUGGUUAAGUCAUUCGUGGCUAAGAAUAGUAGUAAAGAGUUUUACAAUCUCUCGGAUCACCUUUGUCGUGCUGCAAUUGCUGGUGGCAGUAUCGACAACAUUACAUGUGUUGCUGUUUUCCUUAGACCUCCCCGAGACCUCUGGGAAUUUUUCGGAGAAACUGCGAUCUUUGAGCGUUCUGAUACAUUUACGGCUUAG